GUGUGGAUCCACGGUGUGAUACCUAUAGAGUACUAAUUGAAAACAUUAUUGUCAAGGGCUCCUGGGUGAUAAUAAUAAUAAUAUGGGAUUAAGGGGUCGAGCGCUAAAAUGUUAAAGUUACUUCUCUACGGCCUAGGUAGCUUCGAGUGACUUGCUGUCCGUGAGGUAUCCUUCCAACGAUUAUUUAUAAAUGCCUUGAGGCCCCCCCUCCUUGAUGGUGCGUUGGGAGAGUCGCAUCCUGCAGCAGAAUGCCACCAUGCCUCUUACCAUCCAUCUCGACAACCCUCUCCCUUCAUACUCCGGAGGCGAAACCAUCCGCGGUCGGGUCACCCUCGAAUCCCUCACCCAAAUCGAAGUAAAAGACAUCCGAAUCACGCUCUCGGGAAAAGCCAAGACCAAGAUCAAGAAAGUGAAACACGUCGGCGCCCCCAGAACAACAUAUCGCGGCAAAGCUGUACUAUUCGAGAAAGAAAAGAUCCUAGUCCAUAUCGAUGGCACACUUCCUCCGCAGACACUCGAAUGGCGUUUCGAAUUCACGUUUCCUACACAUGUUCAAGCGCGCUCGGGUAAGAGCCAGUGGUCAAGCCAAAUACCGUUCGAUGCAGAGUCAACAACGCAUUCGUUACCGCCGACGUUUAUGGCGAAUGUGGAAAAUGAGUUGUGGGAGAUAGAAUCCGUCGUGGCGUAUCAGAUUCAGGUGGACGUGUCGAAGACGCAACGCAUGCUUGUGGGGAGGAAAUCGUUGAUUUUUCAUGAAGUGAUACCCCUGACGUUCAUACCGCCAGUUCCGUUCGAAGAAGAGAAAGGCUAUGCGUCCGCAUCAAGAAUGGAGACGUUCACGAUCAGAAGUCUCUUGUUAUUACCGGAGAAUCGAGGGAGGAAACUUGAUAUCCGGGAAAAGAUGACAUCGUGGCUAUCACCGAGUCAGCUGCCCGUGUUUAAAUUUCGGGUCAUAUUCAAUUAUUCCUCGUGCCUUCAUCAAUCGGAUCCCAUGGUCUGCACUUUAGAUAUCCAGCCUAUGUUGGAAGACUCGACAGUUGCAUCAGUCGCUCCCACGGUCUUCUUGAAGUCGGUUUCUCUCACGCUGCUGACUCGAACGGUGGCGUGGUCAUCGCCGUCGAUUAUAGGCUCCUUAGUAGGAGACGUCGAGGAGUCCAAGAAUAUUCUCUCGGAGGGAUCUUUGCGAAUACCGGCUACUGGUCAGAUAGACAUCAGUGGUGCAUGCGGACAGAUCUCUCUCCAGCAUCCAGAUCCGUCAUUUUCGACGUUCAAUAUCUGUCGCUCAUACAGGUUACAUGCGAGUAUAGUUCUGGAAUGUGCCGAGAAGACAGUUACGUUCUCUGUGAGUGAUGCUGACAUUCAUAUACUGCCUGAUAAGAGGAGUGUCGAUGCUUCUGAGGCUGGAAAGACAAAAGGACAUCCAUAUUCGGCUGGACGGGUCGAGGCGCCAAUGGAACCUGUGCCUGAACUUGAUAGCGAUGGAGUUUCCCCCCCUGCUUAUGAUUAUUCGUCCUCCGUGUCGGUUGCUAGCUGCGAAAAGGGAAGCUUGUAGUAGUUAUAUCUAAUAUAAAUCAAGUUGACAUAC